CAGAAGAAACCACUACUAUUGUCGACUCAGAUAAAAACUGUAAUGGUGUCCAGAGGUGACUAGGAUAGGACACUCUCUUUUUUUCCCUCUCAAUAGGCAGAUUAUGAGAGACAAUGGUAAAGUUUGAAAAGUUUUAUUGCGCGCUCGGAGCAGGUGGUUUCCACAAUACCAAUUUUGGUGUGGUUAUAAAAAAAUAGAUCUGCUUGGUGUCCAAGGAUCGACGGCUUCAAGAUGUAGGUGUUCCUCGUGGAUCAGUAUUUGUGGGAAGCUUCACUUCUGCAGAACGAAUACGGAGGCGCUGUCAGUGGUUAGUGAAGACCCAUCAAUAUUUGACUCCUCCUAUGGCUCCUCCCACUUAAUGAAGACGGACAUGACAUCAGAAGGUGACUUCAGUCAGGGUUCUAAAGAGAGUCCUGAGGCAGUGGAACAGGACUGGCUCCAUCAGGGCGGACGUGCCACCAUCAAGAGAGAGAAUGAACACGUCAAUGGCUCCAGGGAAUCUCCAGUAGACUGCAGUGUUACCAAAAGGAACAGGAUUGUAAACAACGCAGAGGCAAAUCACCUUGGUUACCAAACCAGCUACCAGGAACAGAGGAACCCUCCCCAGACCAACACUCCCAGCAGCACCACAGAGGAGAAGAGAGUCAUCGUACCAGCUGAUCCUGGGGUGUGGACACAGGAACACGUCAAGCAGUGGGUGGAGUGGGCGAUUAAAGAGUACGGCCUGGCGGACGUGGACGUCUCCCGCUUCCACAACAUUGAUGGGAAGGAACUCUGUAAACUCAACAAAGACGAUUUCAUGCGCAUGCUCUCUGAAUACAACACCGACAUUCUACUGUCGCACCUCAAUUACCUCAGACAGAGCAGCCCAACCUUCUCCUAUCCACCUACUCCACCCAUCACACAACAGCAGCCACGGAUUCAGGUUAAGACUGAAAAUACUUAUGAGGAGAUCAGAAGGUCCAGUUGGGUUGCUCCUAUAAAUUCUGUCCAGAAAGGAUCUCCAACACAGAUUCAUCCCACCAGCAGGGUGACUGACCCCCCUCCUCGCAUAGUCCCAGAUCCCUACCAAGUUCUUGGACCAACCAUCAGUCGCUUAGCGAACCCAGCAACCGUAGAUGAUGCUAGUUUCUCAUUGGGUCGGGACUACUCACAUGACCCACGCACACUCCUCCACAUACACAGGAGAGAAGGCUCUGGCCAGAUCCAGCUGUGGCAGUUCCUCCUGGAGCUCCUCACCGACAGCGGCAAUGCCGGCUGCAUCACCUGGGAGGGGACCAAUGGAGAGUUCAAGAUGACGGACCCGGACGAGGUGGCGAGACGCUGGGGGGAGAGGAAGAGCAAACCCAACAUGAACUACGACAAGCUGAGCCGCGCCCUGCGCUACUACUACGACAAGAACAUCAUGACCAAGGUGCACGGCAAGCGCUACGCCUACAAGUUCGACUUCCAGGGCAUCUCGCAGGCGCAUCAGAGCCACAACAAUGACCAAAGCGUCUUCAAGUACCAGCCUGAGGUGCAGUACGUGCAGCCGUACCACAACCACCAACAGAAAAUGAACUUCAUGGGGUCCCACGGCUCCCCUAUGCCUGUCACCUCAGGAAGCUUUUUCGGGUCUCCUUCCCCCUAUUGGAACUCAACUACAGGAUCCAUCUACCCCAAUCCUGGGGUUCCCAGACACCCAGGCACUCACGUCUCCUCUCACCUGGGCCCCUUUUACUGAGCGUCCCGCAGACAGACUCUCAACCAGGGACUGCUUUUGGGUAGGAAAGGCUCAUACACUUGGGAUGCCUUUGACAAGUGCAGAAUGCUGUUCUGGGUCUGAAUACUCAGCACAGCAAAACAAAUUAUUACAUGUGCUGUUAUGCUACUGAAAAGCGUAAAUGGACUGGCUAACCAAGUACUGUGCGCAGUAUGUAUGUAGACAGACUUCUAAUCCUAUGAACUGUAAAUUGUCAGUGGACGCCUCCUGUUACUGUGCUUAUGGACAAUCAUUCUGGAUUUUUUUCAUGUCAGCAUAGCGUAUGUAUAGUCUCACGUGAGCUCCAGAGAGCAAUUCUGCAUGGGUUGUAUGGGAUAAUUAGAAAGGGCUUUCAUAUAUCCCAAGGAAUUAAGAAGAAUCCGUUUUUGAGACUUUUGUUAGUCAGUGGGAAAAGUAACUUGUAUCUUUGUUGUGUUUUUUUCAGUACAAAAUGUUUUUAUUACAAAAUACUGUCUUUUAUGUAGAGGACACUUCCAUUCUUGUUUGCAAAUUAAAAUAAUAAUUGGUUUCAUUCACAGCAAUCGUUUUAAAAGGUCACACAUUUUUCUAAUGAUGUGUUUAAUAUUAUAGUGGUAAACCCCAUCCUUGUUGCUUUGUAGCAUUUAGUACUUUUGUCAUUUUUUAUGAAGCUGCUCAUAUUUGCACAAUUGAUACUGUUCAAAAAAAUUAAAUCGCAAAGGAAUUUGAUCAAGACUCAUUCUGACCAAUAGCAGAGUACACAGUACACAAUGCAGAAAUGGGACAAACGAAAUAUUUCUGCACAAAUGGGCAUUCCUUUGAACAGGUAGCAGGUGUUUUAUUCUUAAAUAUGUUAUACCAUCUUUUUAAUACAGGCCUUCAAACCUCAGGGUUUAAUCUCUCAUUAGGCACGAGUCAAAGUAUGUGGCUUAAUUUAUUAACAGGGAUCUGUGUGCGACAGAACCUACAACCUCAAACACAUCCCUAUCUGUUUAGGACAGCUGGAAGUUGUGUGUCAAUCAGCCAAAUAGAAAGUAGGCUUUAACUCACAAGUUCAGUAGAGAAUGUUUUUACUUCAUUCUCUUUUAAAAAUAACAAAAUGUUUGUUAUUCAUGAAAUUUUUCCUGUUUCGUGAAUGCCGAUUUUAUAUAGUAUUCCUGAAAAACAAGGUCUUAAAAUUAAAUAACUUGUGAAUAACUUUAUGAACAGGGCCCAUUGUUUUAUUAUUAUUUGACAUAAACAAGAGUUACAAAUAAACUCAUCGAGUUUUAAAUACUUCAUGUAUCACGGUAACAGGAAAAGAGAUGCUUGACUUUGAUUAAAGCCUUUGAAAGAAGCGUCCCCGUUAUUCCUGUAAAGACGGUUCUUAGACAGAUGAGCUGAUAAAUAAAGUUUUUUAGGUGUUUACCUCUCCACUGUAAAUUGAUUAAUUGGCCACUUGGAUCCAAAUAAAAACCACAGAUAAUAACAAUGCCACUCAUUGUCAGGGCAUCCCAAAACUAUUGGGUCGAACAUACAUAAUAUACAAUAUAUACACAAACCCUCCCAGUUUGUAUGCAUGGCAGGCUGUACAGUUUCAGAUCGUAUUCUUCAUGUAGCCUUCGUUUUUACUCCUUUCUUGUGUAGCAUAUUCCUGGUUUAAUAAUGAUCUCAUUUUGCUCAAUCUAAUGUAGUGUUCUGUUUAUAUAUAACUAGCUUCUGUACCCAUGUUGUAAAGUUCCUGUUUUUUGGUUUGUUUUUUGUCAAUAAAGUUUGUUUAUCUUAUACA